AUGAUCCGCAUCCUCAUCUCAGCGGUGCUGCUGCUGCUGGCCCGUGGGGACGACAGCUUCUUCCUGGCACCGCUGGAGGGAAAGCAAGGCCCAGAGCUUGCCUUGAUCCUGGUGCAGGGUGCCAGCUGCCCCGUAAAGGGCUACAAGCCGGUGGGAGAGGCAAUCCAGAAGGCCUCUCCAUUCAAGGUUUGGGUUGGCGUUCCGCAACACCUCUUCGACCUUGCAGAGUUCCAGUUUGAGGCAAAGGUAAAUGACAUGCUGAAGCAGAUGGAGAAUGCGGGUAUGAAGGCUCACCACAAGGUGAUGAUGGGCCACAGCCUUGGAGCUGUCCAAAGCCAGUUCUACGCCGCGGGCUCGGGGCAAGGCAAGAUCGAUGCGCUUGUACUGACUGCCGGCACGGUGCUGCGAAAGUACCGCAAUUCCACAAAGCUGCCACCAACGCUAACGAUUGAUGGAGACCUGGAUGGACUGUUGCGCAUUACGCGCCAGGCGGAAGCUUACUUCCACCAGGUGAUCAAGGUUGGCGGAGCUGACGCACCCGGAUUGGAUCGGCCAGUGGUCUUGCUGGAGGGCCUGGACCACUGGAGCUUCAGCUCGGGCGACCGCCCAUCAAAUGUCAAGAAGAAUGACAUCCAGCCAGAGGUGACGAUGGAAGCGGGCCACGCAAUGAUCGGUGAAGUAGUGGCGGACUACAUGAGCUCUUUGUUUGGCUCUGAUGAGGAGAAGGCAGCAGCUGGGACGAAGAUUGUAGGAGCUGUCAAGAAGACCGGGGAGCUGGUGGAACCUGUCCUGGCUGCAUUGCACCUUGAGGGCUACCACUACCUCAAUCCUCCAUGCAACAGCGACUACCCCACCAACCCAACCUGUCAGUACGCCAGGUAUCCUGACAAAUCCCUACUGCCGCCGGCUGGUCCCCCCAAGCCUAUGCCUCCAGCUGAUUGCACCUGUGGUAGUGACUGGGUGGCCAACACGGCCGCCAGCAUUGUGGCGGGUUUCGAGGAGACUCCUGCAUCACAGGCAAAGCUUGUCACCAAGGAUGCGUUCCACGACGUCUCCGAUGUGAGGCCAUUCCACUUGCCCCACAUCUUUGAACCUCAGCCGGGAACCGCCUGCUCAGACCCUUCCACGUGCUUCAUCAAUGCCACCACCGUGUCGAUGCCCAUCUAUGAUUUCAAGGACGACUUCGACACAGGCCUUUGGCCGGUCACCGCCAGCGAAUUCCGAACGAAGUUCAAGUCCCGUGAGGCUCUGCAGCAGGCUGCAGGACUUAAGGAUGUCAACUACACAGCAACAGAUGAGUUGAACACCGAAAUCUGCAAGUCCAUCAACCAGGCUGCCUACGACUGGGCCUUGAAGGCAGCCUCCAGCAUUGCCCGUGACCGCUUCCUGAAGCAUGGCCAGCCACUCGUUUUCGUGGAGGAUAAGAAGUCCGGCUUCGGUCCCAGGGGUCCAACGUGGAUCCACGAUGCGCUGUCCUUCACUCCUAGCCAGGAUAAGAAAGCGGUCGCUGUGCAAUCCCACUACUUCCCCCUAAAGAACAAGAAAUUGGGAGAUGUGCCCUUCAUUCAAACUGUUGGCUAUCACUACUGCAAGCUCUUAUCGCCAGCACGCGCCAUGGAAUGGAUAUAUGUGGACGGCCUGAAAGAAUUCUAUGGCACCAGGAACGAUCAGAUUCAAAUCGUAGUCUAA